ACCGCGUAGGGCCCGACGGGAUCUCCCACUAUUUUAAAGCUUCCUUGUUUGCUUGCGCCGGCACGGAUGCCAUAGUUCGCGUAUGGCCCUUAGCAGAUAGAGAUAUCGCGCAUAAGCAAGCAUGGCUUCAGAACGAGACCACGACAACGUCGACACCAGAGACUUCGUGCAGAGUCCUGUUGAUGCAGACAUGUCGACACCCACUUCUCCCACAGAUAGUCGACACCCUCUGGCAAGAGUGGAGUCGAUCUCCGAUCAGAUUGGACCUGAUGAAGGACUUUCAGAGAGCUACCAGUCCACAGAGACGAUUCGUCGUCGGCCGGACACUCAGACAACAUAUGGCAGUAUCCAACCUCCAGACUUUACUCAGUCUUCUGAGCACAGAAAUAGCGAAUCUUCUACCAGCGAACGUCCACAACCACACAGUUUAGAGUCCUCACGAUCAUUCCAACCCAUACGAUCUCCUAUGCUCGGUCCCGAACGAGGUCGAGGUGGACAGAAGCCGAAGAAACCUGGAAUGCCGCGUCGAGCAUCGUCGAAUGUACAAGCACCACAUCGCGGUCAGGAGUUCUCGGUCGACGACGACGUGACAGAGAUCGAGGGUGAUUUCGCUACUAGGACCAGUGCAUCAGGAUACGGUACAAUUAACAGACACCAAGGUUCAACUCUCAGAAGGCGGCCCACUACACAACAACAACCAGCACUACCAAGAGUAGAUUCUUCCCAUGAAGCAGAAGUUGAGGCCGAAACCCAAACAGAGGCGGCAAGCAUCACAGGUGACGGCGCGAGGGAUCAACCUCCAGAAGAGGAGGAGGUGAACGAUGAAGACUUAGAAGUUACGCCGCCGGAAGGAGAUGACGACGACGAUGAUGAUCUUAGUGAUGCGGAAAGCUUCACGCUCAAGGACCGUCAAGAGGCUAUCAACGAGACGCAUCCCUUUGGUAUACGUAUUUGGAAACCUGCUCUUUACAAAAAGAAUCGUUCGGUACAGAAGACCGCAGAAGGCGAUAUCCAUUCUUCUCCAGGUGGCAGGGUCAACAAGUGGCUAUUGUUCUUCAACAUCUUGUGGACCGUCUGGUUCGGCUGGUGGCUCGCGUUGAUAGCUUUUGUCGGGGCUGUUGUAUGCUUCAUAUUUGCCGCUGCCCCUAGUGCAAUCGAGUACGGUCGAGUACUUUGGGGCUUAUCUGGAUACUUGUUCUAUCCUUUCGGUAAAUUCGUUCGCUUGGAACAAGACGAAGCCUAUGCUCAAGAGGAUGAAGGCGAGGGUCGUAGUAUCACAGAGUAUGAGCAGUGGCAAAGUGGAGACAUCGAGGAUGGAAGACUCUUCUUCGGCCCACAAGGCACCCGUUCAAUUGUUGGACGGUCACGACGAAGUAUCGAUUCAGCUGCCAGCGAGACUGAUAGUCUCUUAGGCCGCACUGGACGAAGUCAUCAACGAAGUUCUUCUGACCGACCUUACAAACGAAGAUUGUUCGGCAGAGGUCAGUGGAAUACAGGCCGGGUCAUCUUCUUCCUGUUCUUCUAUGGACUUAUUACACCACUGUUGUUUAUUGUCUCUGGUAUAUGCUGGUUCCUAGUCUUCUGGAUUCCAAUGGGUAAAGUGACGAUGUUGCUAUUCUACCACCUUCGUCGACAUCCGUUAGCGCUCUCCUUCGAAUCCGAUUCGGAGUAUUCUAGAGGCGCUAUCUCGAACUCGUCCAUAUUGCUCUGCACGUACCGUGCCGUUGGUCUGAAAUACUGGAAGUACACUGUUGAUGGAACCAACAUUUUUCUGAUCAACUUGAUGGGCGUUGUCUUGUUUGUCAUCUUUGACUACUUCAUCCUCAAAGAGUUGCUCGGGUUUGAAGAUCUCUUCAUCGUAGGAGAUGCAUUCCUCUUUAUGGCGGCCUUGUUCUCGAUCAUCCCACUGGCAUACUUUAUUGGCCAGGCAGUUGCUUCUAUUUCGGCGCAGUCUUCCAUGGGUCUCGGUGCUGCUAUUAAUGCCUUCUUCUCAACUCUAGUUGAGGUUUUCCUGUACUGUGUGGCCCUCAACAGUGGCAAGGGCUCACUGGUAGAAGGAAGUAUCAUCGGCAGCAUUUUCGCCGGUAUCCUCUUCCUUCCAGGACUAUCCAUGUGUUUUGGGGCAAUAAAGCGGAAAACUCAACGAUUCAACGCGAAAUCGGCAGGUGUGACUUCUACCAUGCUACUUUUUGCAGUCAUUGCAGCUUUUGGUCCAACCCUCUUCUAUCAGAUAUACGGCACUCAUGAACUAAACUGUCUGAGCUGUGAGGAUAGCGAUGGACCAUCACCAAGUCGCGAUUGCCGCCGCUGUUAUUUCUCACAAUCUCCAACGUUGAAUGAUCGCUUUUACAUUGAAGCUGUCCGCCCUUAUACUUGGUUCGCGGCGGUUUUGCUCUUCUUGUCCUACGUAAUUGGUCUGUGGUUCACUUUACGGACACAUGCUGCUGUCAUUUGGAACAAUGAGUCAGACGAAAAGAAGGUCCCGGAUGUACACCACAUACCAAUUUCUUCACAGCCACUUGGCAACUCUGUCGCUCGUCUGCAAAGACUUGGAAGCACUCAAAACUCGUCAAGCGAGGCUCAGGGAUUAGAGGUUCGAGACUCACAACUGUACAAGCGCAUUCUAGGCCAAUCGCUGAAACAAGUCGGUCUUGAUCCACGUGAAGACAGUACUCGAAACAAUUCUCUGGUUGAAACGCCUGGGGCAAACGGCUCAGCUCCUACUCCACACAUGCCACCUCCGAAGAGCAGCGGAGGAGAGAGCGCUCGUUCCGACAUUCAUAUCCCAGGAUUCACAGAUGCUCAGAACACAAGUCUUGUUCGUGAAGUUGCAGAGAUCGCAGCUACAGCAGCCACUAUUGCAGCUAGAGAUGCCACAAAAGCUCCACGUAGGACCUCUUUUGCUGCAAACGCCCCGGCUCAGGGAACAAUUACGAAGCCACACCACAUCAAGGCUGGUGUGGUGCACGACCAUGAUGAGCCCGUUGGUGCUGAAGCUCAUGAGGGAGGCGGGCAUGAUGCACCCAACUGGAGUCGAAUGAAGAGUUCUGUGAUUCUUUGUGGAGCUACUGUGCUAUACGCCCUUAUUGCAGAGAUUCUCGUUGGCUGCGUCGACGUUAUCUUGCAAGGAUCUGGCAUAGACGAGAAAUUCCUUGGUAUCACUCUCUUUGCACUUGUGCCAAACACCACGGAAUUCUUGAACGCUAUAUCGUUCGCUAUGAAUGGUAACAUCGCACUCUCUAUGGAAAUUGGAUCAGCAUACGCACUUCAAGUCUGUCUGCUACAGAUUCCUGCACUUGUGCUUUACAGCGCCUUGGAUAUCGGUCACUGGACCGAAGCGAAGGACAUCAUCGAUCACACAUUUAGUCUCAUUUUCCCACAAUGGGAUAUGGUGACUGUCAUUCUUUGCGUUUUUCUUUUGAGCUACAUGUACGGCGAAGGGAAGAGCAACUACUUCAAAGGCUCCAUUCUCCUUCUGAGCUACCUAGUCGUCAUCAUCGGCUUCUAUUUUUCGAGUCUCUCGGACCCCGAAGCAAUGGGGGCGUCUCGUUUCGAUAUCAUGUCUGCAGGGGGCAGUUUCAAGACCAUGGGUAGAGGCAGAUCUGGAAAUGCUUUCCAGCAGUAAGAUAUCGGCGGCAUGAAUGCCGAGGCUUGUCUAUAUUCUCUCAUUUGAGCGGCGGCGUUAGGAGAUCGUCUGGGUGCUCGUAAAUCAUCAAUUGAAGCGCAACCUCUCAUUGUUUAUUAAGGUACGAGGUAGACCGAGUAUGUUGUAUGAUAGGAAGGAACAGGUCUUGGUAAAUAUGGCAAUAAUGAUUGGUGGUUGUCCGACGACUAUUGCUUGUCACUGCAAGUGAGAUCUUAGCCAUCCAGCUCAAAAUCAACGACAACUCCUUUUAAUCUCCCAAGAAUCAUGUGGAGAAGAGUUUGUCAACUGCUCUCAUUCUCCUGAACU